AUGCAUCAUCAUCAUCAUCACCUCCACCCACACCCGCAGACGCAUCCGCAUCAACAAAUGCACCAGCAACAACAACUGCAACAGCUACAGCGCAAUUGCACGCGCUGUCAGAGCUUCCAUCGUCACCAUCAUCGGCAGCGUCGACGCAGCUCUAUGUUGCGUGAGGAUUUCAGUAGUAUGCCAGUGACGAGCAAUGAUUGCGGCACCAGCAAUGUGGCCAUCAAUGUCAGUGGCACGGCUAAUAGUAAUGGUCAUGGUAACGGCAGGAACAGUAAUACCACUAAAGCGAUUGUCACGUUUUCACCGUCCGUUGGCGGGGCAGCCACCAUGAAUUUGCCACCCUCGGAAUCGGGCUCGAUGCUGACCGUGUCCUCGGUGCCAACCUCGCUUAUGUUGGGCGCAACCUCAACCUCGCCUGCCACCAGACACUCGUUAAGCGCAGCCACAACACCACUGGCCAAUACAAGUAACAGCUCGAGCAACACAAAGCAUUGCAGUUUUGCGCUCACACCUCUUAUACCGCCGCCACCACCGCCUAGGCAAUUAUUAUAUCUAACAACGGCGCGUUUUCGUACGAAUUCACGCAGUGAUACCACAGCUGUGGCAGCGACGGCGCAUACGACAUCUUCCAGUUUAAUACCGGUGCCACCAACAACAGCAUCAGCGCCAUCACUCAUCGAAACGGCAGGCAAUGCAGCACCGACGCCACUAACACCGCUCACGCCACUCACGCCAAGCUCAAACGCAACCGCGGCGCAUGCGCACAACAAACACGCGCCGCUAGAGGCACAACAAAGUGCGCUUAGUCAAUUAACCACCUUGGAGGAUAUGGAGGAGAGUGCAACGGACCAUAGGCAUACUGAUAUGCUGAGCAAAUUAUCAUGAGCGGUGGUAGGUGGUGCGAGUUGAGGUUGAGUGUAGCAAAUAGUGGAGAGAUGUUUGAGAAAACAAGAGAGAGAAACAAGGCUUCCCAAUUUCAUACCAAAAACUACUACUUUUCUAAAGCUACAGCUACUGCUGCAAUGCUUCCGACUAAAGUACUUCCAAGCAGCCAUUACACUCACUUAAAGGUAAUCGUAAAAAAUGUCUCUUUUACAAAUUAACUACAAAAUUAGAGCAAUUAAUGUUCGUUUCGUUUGUAAAACCAAAACAAAAACAAAAACAUUUUUUCCUACUAAGCGUAAGUUUUAUUUUGUCUCGAUGUAAGUAAAGUUAUUUAAGUAGUUAGUAAAUAAAAUGAGAUAUUAAAUGUACAUAGCGAUAAUGGAAAAUAAGAUAAUCAUAGUAAAUUUGUGAUGCAGCAACUGAUGCGUCUACUCAUUUAAGUGCAAUCUUUUCGCACAGGUACCUGUCACUCCAUAAAUAAACACAAACACACACAGCACAGACUACAAAAAAUCUCUCACAGGCUUCAUUUGCAUACUCGUACAUCAGGUCAAACAUUUAUUUAAUGAGAUGCUGACCUCCUUUAAGUUUCAGCUCCACAGUUGUUACAUACUCUGAGGAUAAAAAGAAAGUGUACACCACUUACUGACUAUUUAUUUACUUUUGACUAUUUAUUUAUUCUUUUUGUAAUUUCAAUUAUUUUUUUAUAAAAAUU